AUGAAGUUUGUGGCGCAAGUGAGGCAGCAGAAGAAGGCCUUCAAUCCAUUCUUUGAGAUGGACAAGAAGAAGAAAGAGGAGGAGGAGAAGAUGCGCCGUAUGAUGGAGAACCGUCUGGGCCGCUCGGGCUCGGACGCUGCCCCUGCCGAGUCUCCCCGCCGCGACAGCGUCAGCGACGACACCAGCGACGACGCCGACCGCGAGAGGGAGCGGGCGCGCGAAAGGGAGCGUGAGCGCGAGAGGGCCGACCAGCGGCGUCGCGAGGAGCAGCAGCAGCAGGACGACGCCCGACGACGGAAGGAGGAGGCCGACCGGCGGGAGCGGGACAGCGAUCGGCAGGCGCAGCAGAGGAGGGCCGACGAUGAGCAGCAGCAGCAGCAGCAGCAGCAGAGGAGGGAGCAGGAGGAGCAGGAGAGGAGGAGGCGCGCACAGGCCGACGACGAGCAGAAUCGGGAGGACGAGGAGCGCCGGCGCGCGGAGCAGGAGCGGGAGCAGAAGCGGAAGGAGCGGGAGGCCGAGGAGGAGCGCCGGCGGCAGGAGGACGACCGCAAGAUGAAGGAGGACCAGGAGGAGUGGAAGCUCUACUUUGAGGAGAAGACCAACAAGAACGAGGAGCGCAGGCUCAAGGAGGACGAGGACGAGGAGAAGUGGCGCGAGGAGGAGGAGCUCCUGCGCGAGGAGCUCGAGGAGUGCGAGGAGCCGGCCGCGAAGCGCAAGAAGUGGCAGAAGCUGAUCAAGAUGCUCGAGCGCGAGGCCGAGGAGCAGGACGGGGCCUGGAGCGAGGACGAGAAGCUGGCCAAGGAGGACCGCGAGAAGGAGAAGAAGAAGAUGCAGGAGGACGAGCGGCGAUGGGAGCGGGAGGAGAAGGAGCGCGAGGAGGAGUUUGACCGGAAGAAGGAGAAGUGGGAGGAGGAGGAAGAGGAGGACGAGGGCGAGAUCGAGAAGGCCGAGGAGAAGCUCGAGAGGCUCGAGGAGGAGCUGCUGGAGCUCGAGGAGGACGAGCUCGACAACAACUACGGCGACGAUGCCCGCGGCGGAGCGUCGGACUACGAUGACGAAGAUGACGACGACGAGGAGGCCGAGCUGAGGCGCAUGGAGGCCGAGCUGAAGAAGCUCGAAUCGAGGGAGCGCAAGAUGUCGCGGAGCGAGUCGGACUAUUCGGACGAGGACGACAGCGGGUACUCGGACGAGGAGGAGGACCAGGAGUCGCUGGACGAGGUGCGGAAGAUGGAGGAGGAGAUCAGGAGGCUCGAGGAGGAGGAGGAGGAGCUCAACAGGCGGCAGGAGGAGAAGCGGAGGAAGAAGGCGGCCGAGGAGGAGGAGUUCAGGAAGCUGGACGAGGAGCUCAAGACGCUGGAGCGGGAGGAGAAGAUCGAGACCAAGGACGACCUGAAGAAGAUGAAGAGCCAGCAGCGCGAGGAGGAGCUGCGACGGAUGGAGGAGGAGGUCAAGCGGAUCCAGGCCGAGCGCGAGCGGCAGCUGGCCCUCGAGCGGCAGCUGGAGCAGGAGCGGGAGCGACAGCGCGAGAGGGAGCGGCAGGUCCGGGAGAAGCAGUGGGAGGAGGAGAAGCUGCUGCGCGCGGAGCGUGCCCGGCAGGAGAAGGAAGCCGCCGAUGCCCUCGAGCGCGAGCGGCUCGAGAAGAAGGCCAGCGAGAUGGCCGCCAUCAAGCAGGUCACCAGCGCCAAGAAGGCCUUCAACCCCUUCCUCGAGAUGGAGAAGAAGAAAAAGGAGGAGGAGGAGGCCUUCCGCCGCGCCAUGGAGGAGAAGAUCAAGCGCCGCGGCCAGGCCCCUUCGCCCUCCUCCUCAUCGUCGUCGUCGACGCCCGCGCCCGCUGUGGACAACCCACCACCGACCUCCGCCAGGGAGGCGAGCUCCUCUGGCCGCGAAGGCUCCGCCAGACGCGAGGACAGCGAGCGCGGCCGCAGCAGCGGCAGCAGUGCCGAUGAGCCCAGCAGGCCUGCCGAGCCGAAGAGGCGCUCGGCCACGGACCCGUGCGAGGUGUGCGGCGAGCGCGUGUACUUUAGCGAUCGUCUCUCGGCCGACGGGAAGCUGUACCACAAGAAGUGCUUCCGCUGCGCGCACUGUAACAACAUGGUCAAGCUCGGCAACUACGCCUCGCUCGAGGGCAAGCUCUACUGCAAGCCGCACUUCAAGCAGCUCUUCAAGAGCAAGGGCAACUACGCCACCGGCUUUGGCGGCGAGACGCCCGUGGAGAAGUGGAACCGGGAGCACGCCGACGCCGCGGCAUCGGCCGACUCGCCGUCGUCGCGCGACAGCGACUCCGAGCCCGAGAAGGAGGAGGAGGAGGCGCCCGCCGCUGCUGUCGCCUCUCCCUCGGUGGUCCUUGACGUGCCCAAGGCCGAGGAGCCCGCCCCCAGCAAGCCCGCCGCUGCACCGAGCACCGAGAAGGCGGCCGCUCCUUCGGGCGGUGACGGUGGUGAGGGCGAGCCGUUCGAGGAGGACGAGCGCACCAUUUUCGUGGACUACAUGAUGGACACCUUCCGCAGGGACCGUCGCGUGCGCAAGCAGCUGCUGCUGUCCUCCGACAGCGACGAGAUCUACCGCGUCCUCGCCGACGGCGUCAUUCUCUGCAAAUUCAUGAACGAGCUCGUACCGGACACGCUCGACGAUCGCGUCAUCAAUGGCACCCCGUCGGGUGACGCUCAAAUCCUUCUUCUGUCUGACUAUCUGUACGCGGCCCAGGAGGAGAACUGGAACCUGUGCCUCAACUCGGGCAAAGCCAUCGGCUGCCGCGUCAACGGCAUUUCCAUCGAUGACCUGAUCGACGGCAAGCCGCAGGCCCUGCUCAGGCUCAUUUGGGAGAUCAUCAAGGUGAGCCUCACGACGAAGAUCAGGAAGAACAGGUCGCAGCUCCAGCAGCUGGUGAACGACGAUGAGGAGGUGCGCGAUGUGGCCUCGCUCCCGCCGCAGGACAUCCUCGUGCGGUGGAUCAACUUCCACCUCAAGAAGGCCGAACACGACCAGACCGUCCAGCUGUGGGUCUCACUGUUGGGUCUCGGCGUGGAUCGAUGUAACAACGAACAGGACUCAGUGGCUCUGACGCUGCUGCUGUGGUCGCUGGCCCCUCGUCGGUGCGACAAGAAGGCCCUCGACACGGAGGACCUCACGAGGAGGGCGAGGCUCGUCCUCGACAAUGCCGGCAAGCUGGAUUGCCCCAAGGUGGCCACACACGCCGCCAUCGCCGCCGGCCAUUCCCGCAUGACCUUCUCCCUCGUCGCCCACAUCUUCUGUCGCGAGUGA